AACACAAAACAAAAAACAAAAAAAACCGCGUAUAUAUAACUUCCACAACAACAAUAACAAACAACAAUUGAACUUUCACCUCUAUCAACACCUUCCAUUCAUUAUUAACCUUAAAAGGAAACAAAUUUUGUUUAUGUAAAAUCAAGGGUUUUUCAUUCAUCAAGGGUUGAACCAUUUUUUGAUUUUAACCCUUUUAUUCUGAUUUCAAGAGCCUUCUUUUUUGUUUAAUUUUUUUUUAGAGGCUAAAAGAAGGCUCUUGUGAAUUCAAACAAAGUUUUGAUUUUUGCUUCUGGGUCAUUGUUGAAUUUGCAAAAAAAUGUUGAGAAUUUGGUUUAGUUAUUUGCAAUUGUUGGAGCUAUUUGUGAGUUCAUUGGUUCAUUUGCUUUAUGGGUUUUACAUAUUUAGUUCAGCUGUUGCUGGAGAUCUAUCAAUUGUUGUUAAUGAAUAUUUUCAAAAGGAUAAGAUGAAGAAUGAUGUUGUGGUUCAAGAGAAUUUGAAAAUUGAUGAAAAAGAUUCAAAAUUUGAUAAUGAUCUUCCUCCUAUUGUUUUGGUUCAUGGAAUUUUUGGAUUUGGCAAAGGGAGAUUAGGUGGUUUAUCAUAUUUUGCUGGAGCAGAGAAGAAAGAUGAAAGGGUUCUUGUUCCUGAUCUAGGGUCUUUAACAAGCAUCUAUGAUAGGGCUAGAGAAUUGUUCUAUUAUUUGAAAGGAGGACAAGUUGAUUACGGCGAAGAACAUAGCAAGGCGUGUGGACAUUCGCAGUUUGGAAGAGUCUAUGAACAAGGACAUUAUCCUGAAUGGGAUGAGGAUCAUCCUAUUCAUUUUGUUGGGCAUUCAGCUGGAGCACAGGUUGUUCGUGUCUUGCAACAAAUGCUUGCUGAUAAGGCAUUCAAGGGAUAUGAAAACACUUCAGAAAACUGGGUGUUAAGUCUCACAGCCUUAUCAGGAGCAUUUAAUGGGACAACAAGAACAUACUUUGAUGGCAUGCAGCCAGGAGACGGGAAAACAUUGAAACCUAUUUGCCUGCUACAACUUUGCCGAAUUGGAGUGAUACUUUAUGAUUGGUUAGACAUUUCCUGGCUGAAAAACUACUACAAUUUCGGGUUUGAUCACUUCAACAUGUCAUGGAGAAAGAUGGGCAUAUGGGGUCUUGUUGAUUGUCUAUUGGGGAAUGCAGGUCCAUUUGCAUCAGAGGAUUGGAUCCUCCCUGAUCUUACAAUUCAAGGGUCCAUAAAAAUCAACUAUCAUCUGCGUACGUUCCCAAACACAUACUACUUCAGCUACGCGACCAAGCAAACAAGGAAGAUCAUGGGCGUCACGGCUCCUUCAAGCAUAUUUGGAGUUCAUCCCCUGCUUUUCAUAAGAGUGUUGCAAAUGAGCCAGUGGACUCAUCCUUCAGAUGUUCCUCCCCCUUAUAAAGGAUACAGGGAUGAGGACUGGCAAGACAAUGAUGGAGCACUAAACACAAUAUCUAUGACUCAUCCUCGAUUACCGAUCGAACACCCCAACCAUUGCGUGGAAAAGGAAUCAGAUUGCCAUCCAAUGCAACCGGGCAUCUGGUACUACAAAUAUGUGGAGGGUGAUCAUGUCUUGUUCAUUAUUAACCGCGAGAGAGCAGGAGUACAGUUUGACUUGAUCUAUGACAGUAUUUUCGAACGCUGCAGGAAACACGUAUUUAGAAAGAAGCUUCCAACAAUGCCUAAUGAAAUUCAUCACUAGCACAUAAUGUUUUACUCUCUUCCCUGUUGAAUUUAAAGAGAGUAUGUCUUGUGAUAUAGGCCAUUCAUUUCAAUUAGAUGACUCCCCUUCACCUUUGUAAAUGUAAAUUCUAUAUAAAUACUGCAUUUUCCCUCACAUUUAUACCAACAAUUUCUGUAAUUUGUAGGAUUUUAAGAGAGAAAUAUCAGAGGCUUUAGAUAUAUCAACAAUCACAUCAAUAGUGUAUACAAUUGCAUCCGUAUAUGAAAUAUCAUUGAAGUUUCUGGUC